GAGAAUUAGUUGAGUACGGCCAUAUAUGUGUGUACACAUAUACAAGUAUAUAUAUAGAGAGAAGGAGGAAAGAGGGUGAAAACUAUCUGAGUUUGGCAUUCAAAAAUAAAAAAUAAAUUUAAAGAAGAAAAGAUUCUGUAGCGAGAGACGAAGGAGAGAACGAAAAAAACCCUAGCUUUUGAAAUCAAAUGGAGGGAUUUAACGGAGCUUGAAAUUAUGGCAAACACGACAACAGAAGAGAAGGUGAAAUGGACGACUUUGGAGGAACUGUUGCUAGCAUGCGCCGUGAAGCGUCACGGAUUCAAGGACUGGGACUCCGUCGCCAUGGAACUCCAAAGCCGAAGCUCUCUUCCUCUGCUCCGGACCGCACAAACCUGUAGAAACAAAUUCGACGACCUCAAACGCCGAUUCGUCGACAACACCGACGGUGACGGCGGCGACGAACACGAUGAUACCAAAACCGCCGGCGAGGUUGAUAGUAUUCCUUGGCUGGAGGAGUUGCGAAAACACCGAGUCGCAGAGCUCAAACAAGAGGUCCAUCGAUACGAUCGUUCGAUCCAGUCUCUGCAACUGAAGGUGAAGAAAUUAGAGGAUGAGCGUGAACUGAGCUUGAAAGAAACCGAAAACAGAGAUGAAAAAUCAGAUCUAGACAAGGAUUUGAAGGGAGAUAGAUCGGAGAACGGCAAAAAAGACGGCGACGGAGCUCCGGUCGCCGGGAAAUCAGUUUCCACCGAGGACUCUGACCGACAGAACCGGUCGUUCGGCGAGUCGAAUUCGAACCGGGAAACCGGAGCGAAGGACGAAGAAAGAGAACCGGACGAACCGGUCGAAACAGGCAGCGGUAAACCGGAUCCGGUUCUGAGCGAGUCGAAACCAGGUGGUGAAGACUCGUACGACGAUAGCUCAGAUACAAUAACGAAAAACGCUUCGUUGAAACCGAGUAAGGCGAAGAAGAUCGGCGAAUCGGCCGACUUACAGGACUUGGCGGCUGAGUCGAAAGAAGGAAUGAAAGAGAGCAGCGACGGACAGAGCUCGGCGAGUUUAAUUAGGAAGAAACGCCGGAAAAUGGAAAGUUCCGGCGGUGCCAGCGACGGCGGCGAGCGUCCCGCCACCACCACCACCACCACCACCACCAAACGGGGCUCGGUGAAAUCAGAGCCGUUAAUUGAUUUUUUAGAUAUUAUCCGAUUGCAUAAACACGGUUCGGUAUUCAAGCGCCGGCUCGAGAGUCAGAAAACAGAGAAGUACAAGAAGAUAGUUCGACAACAUGUAGAUCUCAAAACAGUAGAAGCCAAGCUGGAAGACGGGUCCUAUUCCUCUUGCACCAGCAAAUUCUACCGCGAUUUGCUGCUUAUUUUCAACAACGCCAUUGUCUUCUUCCCCAAAGCAUCCUCGGAAUCAGUGGCGGCCCACCAACUCCGCGACCUCGUUUUGAAAGAAAUGAAGAAGGAGAGAACUCAGAGAUCGGAACCAUUGCCGGAGUUGGCUCCGUCAUCAAAUCAAUCUUCACUCCAAUCCAAGCCCGACCCGGAGAAACCCGAUUCAUUGCUAGCGAAGCAUAAGUCUUCUGCUCCUAUUAUAGUCUGCCGUAAAAGAAGCUCAGUUUCAGCUAAAGCUUCUUCAGUCAGCAACAAAACAGAGGAACAAGUCAACGAGAAACAAAAACCCGCUCUCAAUAUGAAGCCGCCAGCAGCUAAAUCUUCUUCGAAUGUAAGUGAAGAAGCCAUUCGAAUGAAAAUGAAGACAAAAGAGAAGCCGGUGACGGGUACCAGAAGCUUGAGAAAAGGGAACAAUAGGCCUAAUAACAAUCAGAUCACAAACUCUAGCUCAAACAAUGUUUCAGUUGACAAAAAAGAGGCUCCAAAAUCGGAGAAGAAGAGAAGUGAGGUGACGGCCUCGGCCAAGAAGUUUUUGAACAGAAUAAAGAAGAUUUCUCCGGCGAAGGGAGCGGUAACGGAAAAGGUAAAAAGUUCUGAAAAUGGCACUAAUGAUGGUGGCGGUAGAGGGCAGAAGAGGAGAAGGGACGGAAGGAAAGACGCGGCAUUGUCACGUGGUGGUGGUGGUGGUGGUGGUGGUGGAGGAGGAGGUGAUAAAAAGGUGAAGGAAGACAGCCCGUCAAAGAGAAGCGUCGGGAGGCCGCCGAAGAAUGGGAGGGAGGCGGCUGCGGGGAGGCGGGGGAGAGAGGUUGUGGAGGCGGAGGUGGUUUCGAAACGGGCUAAGAAACGGUCUAGGAGGUGAUGAGUAAUAAUAAUAGGGUCUAAAAGACUGGUUGUGUAAAUUAUAUACUGUAGCAUUUUUAGAGUUCGUCUAUUUUUAGUUUGAGACCAUUUGGUCUUUUUGUGGCAACUUAUUCUGUAUUCCUCUUUUGUUCCUUUGUCCUUUAUUUGAUAUAGAAAGCAUGAAAAUUCUGUGUGCUUUA